AUGACCAGGAAUGUUGACGAUUACAAUAAAUAUGAGCAGGUCCGAGCUAUCCUGCAGAAGUUGGAGCUGCAGAGUACGGUUGAUGACAACAUCAUUAUGAAUAAGGUAUGUGGCAUCGUACCGUGGCGGACUGCCCAUUUCUGCAUCAUAGGAUUGUCAACCGUGGUGGAAAUGAUUCGAGAAAACCAGAAUAUGGAUUGCCUCCUGGUCAAAGUGGGAAGGGAUGACAAUCUAUAUAAACUGCACCCACAGUGUGUAUCAUCCACAGUCUUUCAGGUUGGAGACAAAGAAUCAUAUUCUGACCAAGAAAUGUACAAACCUGCUAUUCAGCUGGUGAAAGAGGCUUACUACCCAAUUCUCGCAUCGGUUGCUCUUCCUGCUAACUUGGUGACAAUCUUGAUUCUCUCAAGUGGAAACUGUGGCCUUUCCAAGUGUAUCUCUGUUUAUAUGGUGGCAAUGGCAAUAACAGAUCUACUGGUCAUUAUCAUCAAUGUGAUUGUGUAUCAUAUCUUCAUUUAUCACUUUCCAUUCUCAUUCUUGUCCCACACACCGGUGUGCAGGGUCAUUUUAUAUCUGACUGCUGUGUCUCUCGAUUUAUCUGUUUGGUACGUAGUCUCCUUUACAUUCGAUCGAUUUGUCGUGAUCUGCUGCCAGAAGUUUCAAAUAAAGUAUUGCACCAAAAGAACGGCAGUAGCAGUUAUAAUAACAUUUUUGUUUCUGACUCUUUUAAAGGAAAUACCAAUUUUAUUUCAAUUUGAACCUAACCAAAUAAUUAACAAGGUGCAGUGGGGUUGUCGCCAAAGAGCUGCUUAUUUCUCUUCACCUGCAGGAAUAGCGUUUGUCUGGUUUUACAGCACCUCAGUCGUUUGGCUUCCAUUUGGCCUGAUUUUCCUGUUUAAUUCAAUAACUGUCAGACGUAUUUUAGUGGCCAAUAGAACGCGUUCAGUACUUAUGUGCCGCGGGAGUGAGAAUCACAGAGACUCAGAGACUGAGAAUCGAAGGAAAUCCAUCAUUUUACUCCUCUCCAUAUCAGUCACUUUUAUAUUGCUCUGGUUGACAAACGCUGUGAGUUUUGUAACUACCAGAUUUGUAAGCACUAGGUAUUACCAGGGAAACCAAAAUAACCCUGAUUAUAUCGCCACUGAAACUGGAUCAUUCUUGAAGUUGUUGAGUUGUUUUCAAAACCCGUGUAUUUAUGCAGUAGCCCAGAGAAAGUUCAGAGCAGAGCUAAAGAGUGUGGUAAAAUCUCCAUUCAGAUACAUCAACAGGAAAAGAUAA